CUCGCCAGAACCCACCAGAGGCGCCCCCCCUCCCCCCCCCCCGCCGUCAGUCGCAGCCGACCCGAGCUUGCUGCUCCCCGCCGCGCGCAACAUAACCGCAAGCCUUUUCUCUCCCGACUUCCGUCUCCAGCUCGCGUUCUUGAACUCCGCAACCUCACUUUCUCCAUUCACCAUCAUACCCGUGUCGCCCUCACACAACAUCUUUCACAAUGGCUGUUCCCGCUUUCUCUGACAUCGCCAAGUCGGCCAACGACCUCCUCAACAAGGACUUCUACCACCUCGCUGCCGGCACCAUCGAGGUCAAGUCCAACACCCCCAACAAUGUCGCCUUCAAGGUUACCGGCAAGUCCACGCACGACAAGGUCACCAGCGGUGCUCUCGAGGGCAAAUUCACCGACAAGCCCAAUGGCUUGACCGUCACCCAGACCUGGAACACUGCCAACGCCCUUGAGACCAAGGUCGAGAUGGCCGACAACCUCGCCAAGGGUCUCAAGGCUGAGGGUAUCUUCUCUUUCCUCCCCGCCACCAACGCUCGCGGCGCCAAGUUCAACCUCCACUUCAAGCAGAGCAACUUCCACGGCCGUGCUUUCUUCGACCUCCUCAAGGGCCCCACCGCCAACAUUGACGCCAUUGUCGGCCACGAGGGUUUCCUCGCUGGUGCCUCCGCUGGCUACGAUGUUCAGAAGGCUGCCAUCACUGGUUACAGCGCCGCUGUCGGCUACCACGCCCCUACCUACAGCGCUGCCAUCACCGCUACUGACAACCUGAGCGUCUUCUCCGCUUCUUACUACCACAAGGUCAACUCCCAGGUUGAGGCCGGCUCCAAGGCCACCUGGAACUCCAAGACCGGUAACACCGUCGGCCUCGAGGUCGCCACCAAGUACCGCAUUGACCCCGUCUCUUUCGUCAAGGGCAAGAUCAACGACCGUGGUGUCGCUGCCAUUGCCUACAACGUUCUCCUCCGUGAGGGCGUCACCCUCGGUGUUGGUGCCUCUUUCGAUACCCAGAAGCUUGACCAGGCCACCCACAAGGUUGGCACCAGCUUCACCUUCGAGUCUUAGAGUAAUCGCAGGACAGAUGUGAAGAAGCAGCGGCGUAAUAGUAUUCCUUCGAACAAAUUCUCAACUGGAAUAGAUAACCCCCCUUUGCUGGCAUCGUGGAGCCUCCCCUUCCAGUAGUGAUAUUUAUUUCUUUUAUGAAGACAGUGAAGAUGACGAACGUUGCGCCCUGCUUCGGGUGGCUGACUGAUAGGAUGAGUUUGUGUAUAAGUGGUUUGGGCUUUUGUGUAACGAAGAGGGCCAAAAGUUCUUGAUAGAGUUGUAGCGUCUUUGAUGGACAUGGUUACUGUAAUUAGGCUGGAGACGGAAACCAAGCGCGAUCUUUACGCUACUUAGAUUAUAAAUACCCAUAAGCGAUUUCAAACACGCUCAUUCAGUACUUUUCAAAG